CUCUCUUUCUCUCUCUCUCCCUCCCCCUCCUCCCUCCUCCCUCCUCCCUCUUAUCAUUCAACAUUUUAUCUUUCUUUUUUUCUUCUUCUCCUCCUCCCGUCUCAUAAUUACAUAUGAGUCGGUGACAUCCCGCUCUCAACUCGGUGUCUCUUUUUUUUAUUUUUGCUCCUCCACCCCUCUCCGUCCGCCUGUGGCUGGACGCUUCGAAAGAAAUCCCCCUUCUUGACCACACAAACCCCCACCCCAAGGAAUGAUCAGACAUCAAACCGAACUUCUGUCGUCAAACCGUCUCCAGAACUGGUGUGAACGUACUGAAGGGUUAAUACCGCCGCGUUUUCCUUCGCCGUUGCUACAGCUCUAGGAACGCCUCCUGGUCCCGCUGUGCUCCUUCUCCCUUGAAAAACAGAGAUGGCCCCCAACACAGCUACCGCCGCCAGCGCCUCGCCGGCGAAGAAGUCUGGGUCUGCACCCGAGAAGAAAUACAAGUGCCAAUUCUGCAAUCGCGCCUUCAGCAGAAGUGAGCAUCGCAGCAGACAUGAACGCUCGCAUACAAAAGAAAGACCCUUCAAAUGCUUGAAAUGUCGGAGUACCUUUGUUCGCCGAGACCUUCUUCUGCGUCAUGAUCGCACCGUACACGCCAAGGAUGGUGGGAUCCCUCUUGUGGCCGAGGGCCGCCGCCGCGGGGGUGGUGUCCAGAAGACCUCGCCCGUCUCACAACCGCCCAAGCCCUCAAUCACCAUUGACCCCGCUACUCUGGAACAGAUCGAGGCCAGCAGUGACGGCAUGGUUGACCUCGAGACCGCCGCCAUGCUCAUGACCGACUUUCAACACAAGGCUGCCGCAGCCGCCACCGGUCAGGUCCCCCCGGAUCGCGCGGGCUCCGACCGCUCCUUCUCGCCCUCUCGCGGUUCCCUGCUCGAGCCCCCGGUCGCGUAUCUGUCUGGCAACGCUACUCUUCCCCAGAUGCCCUGGGAUACCCUGGUCUCGUCGGCCGACGCGAAGCAUCACCCCGGCUUCGGCACCCAGGACGGUCUCCCGCCGCAUUCCCUGCCCACCAUGAUGGACCGCCACAGCGCCGUCGGUGAUUCCCUGGCUCCCUCGCUUCAUUCCCUGGUCCACUCGCUCCCCGUCUCCGGGGGUUCGACGCCCAAUGCCUUGUCCCCAUUCCCCUCGAUGACCGGGCCUGUGAGCCCCGUCAACUACCGCCGCUCGCCCGGUCCCAGCCAGGCACUGACGCUGCCCAAGGCCCCCCAAGUCGCCAACGAUAUGGAGCGUGGAAUCAUCGUCGACCGGGUCAAGACCGCCGAUGCCCUUGGCUCACUGCCCGAGACCUUCCAGUUGCCCUCCACCAUCGCCCUGAACCGGUACCUGUCGACCUACUUCAACCUGUACCACCAUCACCUGCCCUUCCUGCACCAGGAGUCCUUCAAGCCCACCACCGCCUCGCCGCCCUUGCUGCUCGCGGUCCUGUCCAUUGGUGCCCUCUACACCUUUGAGCGCGAGCAUGCCUUUAUGCUGCACGUCGGCUCCAAGGUCCUCGUCAACCAGUUCCUGCAGCACAAGGAGAACUUUGACUCCCGGAAAUGUCCCCUCUGGGCCAUGCAGAGCACCCUGCUCAACAUGAUCUUUGAGAGCUGGAGCGGUGACCCUAAGGGCCUCGAGUGGACCUGCUCCAUCAAGAGUCUGCUCGCUAACAUGGUGGCCGGCAACCGGUACCAGCUGAAGCUCCGCACCGAGGCGCGCCAGCCGGCCCUGCCCUCCCGCGAAGAGUGGAUCGAGGAUGAGUCCUGCCGUCGGACCUACUACGCGGUCUACAUCUUCUUUGGCAUGCUCACCCUGACCUUCAACCACACGCCCGCCAUGAGCUUCGACGAACUGGAUAACCUGGAGCUCCCCUCUUCGGAGUCGUUGUGGAAUCUGGAGGUCUCGGAUGAGGAGACCUGGCGUCGCAACCUGGCCGCCUCGUCCGUCCUCACCGUCCGUGAGGCCCACGACAGCCUUUUCCAGGGCGAGCAGACGAGGUACAGCGCUUUUGCCACGCGCGUCAUGAUCAACGCCCUCUUCCUGCAGGUGUGGAACCACAAGCGCACGUUCGAGGCUCUCCAGGACGUCCUCACCGAGUACAAGCUCCGUCUCGCUCUGGAGACCUGGGAGACUUCGCUCGAGGUCUGCGAACCCGAGACGAUCGUCGUUCCGCUGAGCACCCCCCAGAAGGGCCACCCGCUCAUCUUCAACUCGAUGGCUGUCUACCGCAACACCCGCGCCCGCCUUGAAGUCGACCUCAAGUCAAUCCAGGAGGCCCUGCGCUACCACUCGUCGUACGAAGUGGCCGCUGCCAUGACGGUCGCCCGCGAGAAGGUCAAGCGUUCCCAGGAGAUGAACAAGAUCGUCCAGCAAUGCUUCGAAUGCAUCGAAAUCGCCGCCAUCCAGGGUAUCAACUGGGUGGCUAAGACCUCCGCCACCAACUGGAGCGUGGAGCAUCCGCUCUGCGGUCUGGAUCUGAUGGUCAUUCUCAGCCUGUGGCUCUAUCGCCUGGAACAUGACGAAGAGCCCGCUACCGAGGCUGAACUGGCCAUCUAUAACAAGGUCCGGAAUCUAUUUGAUGACGAUGCCAUCGACGCCUUUGGCAAACUCAGCUCCACCGUCGCCCGUGUAUGGGGUAAUAUCCUAGACGGAGUCGUGGUCUGGGGGAUUACCAAGCUGAUGGGCGAGUCUUUCAAACUGCAUUCUCAGGCCCUAGUCGGUUACGAAGAUUCCCUCCGCGUUGCCAAAGAUCAACCUAUCCACCCGAUGCCGACCAAGGCACUUGCCAGUGUAGGCACUGCCUAUUAAACGACUUCAUCGACCGCGAUGUUCGGGUUUUAACCCUCCAUAAAAAGAACCUCAAAAAAAAACACCGAAAAAAAAGGAAACCCAUAAUCCCUUCAUUUGGUGAACACCACGCCUUGUCCUUGAUGUUUUGAUUUGAUUUUUUUUUUUUCCCUUUUGCAGUACUGCUUGACUUGAUUUUUGUUUUCCUGCUUUCGUUCCUUUGGGCAAUUGGCGGGCUUUCGGAUAUUAUACAGGG